UUAUCUCCAAGUAUAAAAAUCUAAAAUUAUUCGAAAAAAGCAAAUAACCUCUAAUUUGACAGGUAGAUCAAGGAAAGCUUAUUCGCAAUGAAGCUAAACAUCGCCAAUCCAGCCACUGGCUGUCAAAAGUUGAUUGAAUUUGACGAUGAGCGUCAGCUGCGUAUCUUUUAUGAUAAACGUAUAAGUGCUGAAGUGCAAGGAGAUUCUAUUGGAGACGAAUAUAAAGGAUAUAUAUUUCGUGUUUCUGGAGGAAAUGAUAAGCAAGGCUUUCCUAUGAAACAAGGUGUAUUGCGUAAUGAUCGUGUAAGGCUUUUAUUAGCCAAAGGUCAUUCAUGUUAUAGACCUCGUCGUACUGGUGAACGUAAAAGAAAAUCUGUUCGAGGUUGUAUUGUUGGAAAUGAUCUUGCAGUGUUAUCUGUGGUCAUAGUUAAACAAGGAGAACAACCAAUUCCUGGGUUAACCGAUAAUCCUGUUCCUAAACGUUUGGGCCCUAAAAGAGCUUCAAAAAUUCGCAAAUUUUUUAAUUUGACAAAGGAAGAUGAUGUCCGUAAAUUUGUUAUCCGUCGUGAGAUUACUCCAAAAAAUAAUAAAAAACCUUAUACAAAGGCUCCCAAGAUUCAGCGCUUGGUAACCCCUCUUACGCUACAGCGUAAACGUCAUCGUAUUGCCCUUAAACGCAGAAGAGCCAAGGCUGCAAAAGUAGCCAAGGAAGAAUAUGACACUUUACUUGCUAAGCGCAAUAAGGAACAAAAGGAAAGAAAAGCCGACCUUAAGAAAAGAAGAUCUGCUGUUCAGAAAACUUAAUUUAAUUAUUGCUGAUAAAAUAGUAGAAAAGAUAUAUAUAUAUAACACAUUUUUUCCAAAUUUUAAAAUUGGGAUGAAAUAAAAUAAAUUCAAUUUAAAAUCUUUUAUUGCUUAAAUAUUUGUUGCAAAAAAAACCAUUGAUCCAAGCACAAAAAUAUAAUAAAAACUUUGGAGCUAUUAUUUAGUUAAUCAUCUAAUAUCGUUACUUUCUUUACCUAGGGCAUCAAAUUUUCAUUAAAUCACGUUUUUAUUAAUCUUAAUAAAAAAUCAUAAAUAUACUUAGCUGAAAUAUAUGCAGAAAAUUUUCAUUUGGCUAUUCGGCUAUUCAGGUACUUCCUGAUGCUCAAAGCCUAUCU